CAGCCCUUAGCAACGGUGCUGGGAUGCAUGGCGGCACGGCCGGCGGAGACCCCCGCUCAGGUCCCCCCAAACGCUUCCCGGUGGCGGUGGUGGAUGAUAUCCUGAAGGAUGUGUUGGGGAGUUACCUGAGGGAGCAGCGCUACGAGCCGGGUCGGUGCAGGGAGAUGGCGAAGGACGUGGCUGAGGUUAUUAAAGCUCGGGUAAAAGACGUUAUGAUACCGAGGUACAAGAUUGUUGUGGUGACACAUAUUGGGCAGCUGAAUGAGCAGAGCAUGCAGAUCGCAAGCAGGUGCCUGUGGGAUCCUGUGAGCGAUACGUUUUCGUCGUAUGUGUUCAAGAACGCUUCGCUCUUUGCUCUGGCAAACGUCUAUGCUGUCUAUUUUGAAUAAGGAGGUAGUUAAGUUUCACAGCAGAAGUGAACCUUCAGCCUAACUCUUCCUGUUCCUGUUGUGGAAAACAGCUGUGAAGGACCAAGGCAACUUUCACCUGUUUUGAAAUGUGGUUCCCAGAAGUUUUUUGGCAGUGAAUGCAAUAACUGUAUUUCUCAAAGCUUUCUGUGGGAAGUGAUUCUCUGUGAAAUGCCUUUUUGCACCUGAUUCUAGCUGCUUUGAGAACCGAAUAUCCCUGUAAUACUUUUUUCUCCCUGAAUCUGCCCUCACUACAUGAUCCCCAAGUAGAAACCACAGCGGGAUUUUGGGAAAGUAAAACAAAAACAUUUUUAUCCCUGUUUGUGGGCAGUUAGGUUUGUCAGGCCCUGUGGAGUCAUCUCUGUGCACACGCUGUGUUGCAGACAAGUGCUGUGUCCUGUCCAGCUGCAGUAGCUCGGUGCUGCAAUCACCCUGCCCUGCCUAGGGCAUGGAGGGAUCCCUCCAAACCUUCCUGCUGGGCCCAGAGUUAUCUUGGGUGUGCUCUGUGGCGAGAAGGGUAGAGCUUUGCUCGCCGGGGGCUGGCCUGCCUGCCCCAGAGCCCCAAGAAAAAGCCCUGGUCACAGAGAAGGUGGCCCAGAGAAAGUGGUUAGUUCUGCUUGGAGAAGACUAGCUCAGCCCCAUAGUGUUUGAAAUGGCUUAUUUUAUUACAUUUUGUGUGCAAAGCUGAAACUAGAACAGUAGUUAGAUGGGAAGAAAUAGUCGUGACUAUAAGUUUAACUGCUGUAAACGCUUUGUGGAACCCAGACAAUCCAACCUGAACUGUCGCUGCAGCCGUUGGCUGGUUUGCACUGCAACUUUUAACAUUCAGAUUUUACUCCCUAGUGUACUCCAAAGAAUAAAGCUACAAUUAA